AUGGCCAACACAACUCAAGUCGAAGUAGUGUGUCCGACAGACAAAAGAUACUUUCAGUCGCAGCAUCCACCUCACACAAAGUAUCCACCACCAAUGUCAGAGGUCGAGAGCCCACGGCUUAGUCCUCAGAAACCAAAAACAGAGGUACCCAUCGCAGAUUUGGACCGACUUCCCGAUCCAGCAUACGUCCCCUACGCGGAGCAUUACGACCACCACGAUGGGUGGCGAAAGUCUGGGCACCAGGAUCUACCGUAUCACGAAGAUGUGUUCAGGAGACCACGUUACGACUCAGGCCACGACAUCAAAAUCGAUGAAGUCCGCAUGCACCGUAGAGUGUACAACAAUGACUCAGGAAAACACAAGUCUUCAAAUAGCAGCAACAGCGAUCGCAGCCGUGGAAACAGACAAGGCGUUCCGGUCGAUCCAGUCCCACGCAUGAACGACGACCGUAUGGCUGGUCAACCAUGUGAACAGCGAGGCCGUCAGCGCGAGAUGGGACGAUAUAGAGGCAAUCCAUCUCACGCGUCAAACAGUCCGCGCAGGGCCCUCCGCUCAAGAGAGCGAGGCCGGGGCCAUGGAGUACGAUCCCGAAACGAUCAGGCAGAUCGUCCCAGAAGAAAAUCUGGCUACCUGCAAAAUCUCAGAGACCGUGUUCAACAGCAAGAUGGCGUUGAAGGCAUCAUCACACCAUUACGUCUUGGUAUGCUUCUCGGCGCAUUUGACAUCAUUGGUGGCUCUCUGUGCAUAUGGAUGGCACACAAGAAGUUUGGCGAAGGAUCGCAGACAAGAGCCAGCCCGGAUGUGGUUAUUGUUGACAAUCCGCAACAAGCAGGAGACACUCGUGGGAGGCACCACUCGCGAUCACAUCGCGGUCGAAGAGGGGAUGGAUCUGGAUGUCGACCAGCGUAUGAGUCCGACACUGACUCCGAAGACGAGGAACGUCAGAGACGAGCUGCAGCCUAUGUUCGCGAGCAGGCACGGCUGGAUGUUGACCGCGAUUGGCACAUGGGAGGCGCAAGAGGACAGGUGCAUGAUUAG